AUGGGGGAUGCCUUCAUCCGGCACAUCGAGCUGCUGGGCUACGAGAAAAGGUUCUUCCCCAGCCAGCACUAUGUCUACAUGUUCCUGGUGAAGUGGAAUGACCUCUCGGAAAAGCUCAUCUACCGCCGCUUUACGGAGAUAUACGAAUUCCAUAAAGAGCUGAAGGAGAUGUUCCCCAUCGAAUCCGGGGAUAUCAACAUGGAGAAGCGGAUCAUCCCACACUUGCCAGCCCCGAAGUGGUUCGAUGGGCAGCGCUCCACUGAGAGCAGGCAGGGCACGCUGGCUGAGUACUGCUAUGCCCUGGUCAACCUGCCCCACAAGAUCUCCCGCUGCCAGCACGUCGUCAGCUUCUUCAGGGUCCGUCAUGACGACAUGAACCCCGUCACAGACAGCCAGAUCAGGAAACCUGAGGUCUUCAUCCUGCCGAGGGAUGCCAAGAAAACCCUCACUGAUAUCACAGGGCCCAUUGUCCUGCAAACCUACCGAGCCAUCGCUGACUAUGAGAAGAGCUCCACAUCUGAGAUGGCUCUGCAAGCUGGGGACAUGGUGGAUGUGGUGGAGAAGAGUGAGAGUGGCUGGUGGUUCUGCCAGUUGAAGAAUAAAAGAGGCUGGGUGCCAGCUGCCUAUCUGGAGCCAAUGGACGGUCCUGAGGAGUCUGAGGAGCAGGAGCCCAACUAUGCAGGUGAGCAGUACAUUGUCCAGAAAGGCUACACAGCUGUGGAGGAGGAUGAGCUGACCCUCAAGGAGGGCGAUGUUAUUGAAGUCAUCCACAAGCUCCUUGAUGGCUGGUGGGUCAUCAGGAACAAUGAAACCACGGGUUACUACCCCUCCAUGUACCUGCAGAAAGCUGGGGAGUCAAACACCUCUGUGAAGAUUGAGCUGAGGAACCGGAGCGCUCCUCCACGGAGAUCCACCAUCCGAAAUGUGAAGAGCAUCCACAAGCAAGGGCGGAAGCAGAUCAGCCAGGAGACCUACAGGAGGAACAGCAAGAAGUACAUCCAGAGCAGGAGGAACCUGAAGGGAAAAUUCCAGAAUGAGGCCAAUGUCAUCAUUGAGAAAAACGAGCAAGAGGAGAACAAGCCCAGGGCUCAGCCUGCUGUUCCUCCCCGUCCCAGCAAAGACCUCAUCCUGAACCGCUGCACCGAGAGCACCCGGAGAAAGAUCCUGUGA